CCGCCGCGCAUCGCCAGGCCGGCCCACACGCCCACGCGCACGCGUUCGACCAUGCUGCAGCUGUCCAGCAGCCGGCCCGUGUCCGAGCUGCUCGUCCACCGUCACCUCCGCCGGCAACGGUACCUCAUCGCCGGCGUCCUCGUCGCGUGCGGCCUCCUGUUUGCGCACCUCGCGUUGCGCACGCCGUACGUGCACGUCCCCGACCGACUCGGCGGCGUCGAGACGGUCGACAUCAGCGUCCCCUCGUCGUUCUACCGUCGUCCGCCCGCCGAGCACUAUCGGCAGCACGUCGACCGCCUGUUUGCGCCGUGGCGGUGCCUCGCCGACGACGACGAGUCGAGCUUCUGCAAGAAGCCCGUCACGCCCCAGUCGUUGAGCGCGCUCGAGUGGCUCGGCAAGGGCGGGUCGUACCGCAUUCGAUUCACCGGCACCGACAUCCUGUACCGCCCGCUCGUCCACUUCGGCCAGACGUACCGCAUCCAGCGCCUGCACUGGAUCAUGGACACGAUCCGCGAGAUGGCCGACGCCGGCAUGCUCACGAGGACCGUCAACGGCAGGCCCGAGCCUGUCCGGUUCGACGCCGUCUUCCGCGUCGGCGACUCGCCCCAGGUCACCAAGGACACGCUCAGCAAGGACGCCGGGUACCUCCUGUUCGGCCUGCGCUCGUCGCCCCUGCACCUCGACGUCCCCAUCCCCGAUCCUCCCGCGUACGGCUCGAACGGCAACUACGUGUGGCCACCCCGGUCCGAGCUGCACUCGUGGGACGAGAAGGUCGACAAGGUCGUCUUUCGCGGCUCGGCGUCGUUCUCGUUCGGCGUCGACAACUGGCAGACCAACAACCGCAUCCGCCUCGCCGAGUUGAGCCACAAGUACCCGCACCUGAUCGACGCCGGCCUGACCCAGUUCCGGCCCAAGGAGAUGCUCCCGCUCACGAGCGAGGACUUUGCCAAGGGCCGCUCGUUCUUCGAGCUGCCGUCGGCGUCGCGCAUCCAGACCAUGUCGAACCUCACCGAGGCCGAGCCGCUCUCGAUGGUCGAGCAGAGCGGGUACAAAUACAUCAUCGACGUCGACGGCGGCCUCGGGUCGUCGCGCCGCGUCGGCCUCCUCCAGAGCGGCAGCGUCCCGUUCUUCGUCGACUCGCCGUACUUUGGCAACUUUGAGCCGACGCUGCGCCCGUGGGUGCACUACGUCCCCGUCGACGAGUACCUCGCCGACCUGCCGGCCAAGGUCGAGUGGCUCCGAGCGCACGACGGCCACGCCAAGUUCAUCGUGCGCAACGCGAUCGCGUUCGCCGAGGCGUACCUCAGCAAGCAGGCCGCCAUGGAGCAGUUUGCCCAGAUGCUCGCCGCGUACGCCGACCUGCAGAGCCCCGAGGUCGACCUCGACGACAGCCCCGUCCUCACCGACUUUUGCGACACGCCGGGCGGCAAGGCGCUCAUGAUGAAGGGUCCGCAAGGGUGCGACAAGGGGUGGAAGACGUGGCACGGGAGCAAAGAUGCAGUGGCUUGAUCGGUUGGGUUUGCCUAGAAUGUGUCGGGCGGUCCCGGUUGUACAGGAUUUUUUAUCGCAUGCAGCGCUCGUUCUUCUCUCUCCUUCCUCCUUCUUU